AUGGAUCCUGCAUCUCCAGCUUCCGAAGAUGUUGAGAUGAACUUGAGCACCGAUGAGCCUCUGUCGUAUACCGAACCUCCGCCUCAUAUAGCCGCACGCUUCCACCGCAAAUCCUCUGUCCGCCGAAAAUCCUCGGCUCAUUCCUCUCGCCGAAGCUCGCUGUCCUCGAUUCAUUCUCAUUCCUCCGCGCUGUCCAGCCAUGGCGGGCCCCGCAGCACGCAUAUCGCACAGCACCUGCGACGAGCUUCUAUCAUUGAAAGUCGAAAGGCUCGCCUGGCGGACCGUGCCGCCCACGCGGAGCAGGUCAGGCUCCGGGCGGCCGCCGCCAAAGCGGCGCAAAGGGCAACCUACAGCGAGGAGAAGGCUUUGGCUGCGCAGGCAGCCCGGGAAAAGCUGCUUGCGGAGAUUGCGGCACGCUGUGAGGAAGAGGUGAAACGCGCCAAAAAGAUCGCCGAGGAGACCAAGGAGAAGAAGGCAGCUGAAUUGGCGAGGCUCAAGGAAGAAAUGGCCGAGAAAUAUGCAGAGGCAGAUAGGCGGAGGUCCAUCUACCAGCAAGGCACCCGGAGGUCCAGAACAGCUUCACUGGCGGCAGUUGAGGAGAAGAAAGUCGCCCCAGGAGUGUUGAGACGCUCGAGCCACGUCUAUGCUGCAAAAAUCAUCCAGAGAUCGUGGCGGCGUUACCACACACGCAAGAUACUUUCCAACUUCUCUGCCCUGGGACUCGACCUGCAACGCGCCAAGACGCUCUCCUUUGAGGAAUUGACCCAGUUCAUUUCAGACCAACGGACCACAGCUGCUACGAUGUCAGUUCUCCGACACCUAGGUGUUCUUGACAACGACCAAGAAGAUUCGGGGGUUGCACGUGUGUUCCUGAGUGCAUAUUUAGUUCUUACACAUCCAACGCAGGCUUUCAGUCAUGGUGGAAAGCAACCUCAGGAGCAAGAGCUCAUGGCGAAAUCUCGUUCCCUGGUCGAAACUUUCGAAUCCUGCAUUCAGACCCUGAAAACCCCAUCACAACCAAGGUUAUCGCAAUCGGGAUCGGAGGCCUUUUCCUUUGCCUUUAACGACUUCACCUCGACUUUCCACGCAUGGAAAAGUCAGGAUUUGGGAGUGCUUGUGGACAUCAUGGUCAGUUCAUUUGUCAAUCUGGAUUUGAUUCUGCAGGCUACCAAAAACGAUCAUCACGGCCAUGUUGCCGAUGACUAUCUUGAUGCCGUCCGACAGGAGCAGAUCAAAUUACUUGCUCGUCUGAAACGGCUUGCGGGGCCCGAUGAAGCUUUGUCAAGAGUUCGGACAGCUGUCAGGAAGGCUCGGAAGCAAAGGGCAGCGGAAAAGCGGCAGAACGCAACGGAGCAAGUCCCACGAGCAUCUACACCUGCCACCGAAGAGGCCAAUGUGGCAGAAGGAGCGCUGAUCACGCCUCCCGCAACACCAGGCGCCAGUCGACCAGACCAGACGGCGAGGGUGACAGCUUUUCGUGACAGCCUUUCCCAGAUGAUGACCGUUUUACCGUCCAAUCGCGAGAUUGCGCACGAAAUUCUCGUCAAUGGCAGUUUUGAGGUGCAACAAAGGCCUUGGACAGAUGCCCGCAAAGGCUUGAUGGACUCGCUGCGGAACAGCAUGCGUGCAAGCAUACAAGGGGGAGACAGAGAAGUAACAGCCAGGUGGAUUUACUCCACGGCAGUCCUCAUUCGAGAGAAGCUGAUGAAUCUCAUCAGCCCGCGACAUCCUCUCUACGGUAGGAUGGACGGCUUUCUGGAUCCUGCUUUGAUAAGCCAACAGUGUCGGAAUGGCAUGUUCUCUUACGACAACUUUUUCACGACCAUCUCAGGGUUGAUCGCACAGAUCUGUUCCCCGGGGCGAGACGAGAUCGUGAGUACAUUUGGCGCCAAUACGACUAGCGACACGGUUGACCGUCUUUUCGAGCUCAUUAAUAUCAUCGAUUUGAUGACUUUGGACCAUAUCAACUUCCAAUUCAGAUUGGCAUCACAGGCGGUGCUGGAACGCGGACACGAGUACGAAAUUGCAUCAUUCGAACGAGAUCUUGGGCAAGGUGUUCAUACGCUCACGGGAACUAAGCAAUGGUGGGCAAGUGCGAAGUCCAGCACGGCAUCUCAAAACGUGAGUGCAUAUAUGAUAUACGCCAGAGGCUUGACCGACCUGGUGUUGCGCAACUCACAUCUUAGCUAUUACGAUAUUCCCGAGACCCUACGGCUUGACUAUGUUCGCCUACACGAAUUAAGAGCUCGCGUUUUUCAUAUAGUGGCCAUAUCCUCGAUUCUGCUCACCACCAAGAUUAGACUCAGGCGCAAUAGGGAGUCUCUUUGGACCAAAGAUGCAGAACGUCUAAUGUCUUUGGACCUGUUGAAAGUCGAUGCCAGCCGAAUUGUCUCCCUUAUUGAGUCAUCCCACAUGAUGCCGGAACCAACUAAAGAGGGCCUGUCGAAUUUCGUUGGGCGAGUCCUGCCCCCUGCCGCAGCGGCAGCGAGAAACCUCGACGCCGCUGAACAAGCGCGGCAGGAUGCCAUCCACAACCAAACAAUGUACGAGCCAGCUGGAACAACCAGCGCGGAUGUCUUUAGCGAGCAAAUUGCGAGUUUCCUUUUGAAGACAUUGCGAGAACAUGUUUUUGCCAGGCUUUCGGCUGCUAGCACGGCUGAGAGAGUCCGGACUACCACAAGUGCAGGAGAAGUCCUGGCUCGCGCAGGCAUGCCUGAGUUCUUGGAGGAGGUUAACCGACUUGUGGACUCGCUCGACAGGAUCCGAUCGGUCGACUGGAAGGGUCAUGAGAAAUGGUACGGCCAGAUUGCAACUGAGACUGCCUAA